UACGCCUCCUCCACUUUUCCUUUCCUUUCCUUUCCUUGCACGCCAAUUCAAAAUCUUUCAAACCGAACCAAUUCAAACCAAAUGCUGCUGCUCCGCCUCCUCCUCCUCGCCUCCGCGGCGCACUUGGCCGUCGCCGACGUGCCCCCGUCCAACAAGGUGCUCUUCAUCCUCGCCGGCCAGUCCAACAUGGCCGGCCGCGGCGGCGUCGUCGCCAACCGCUGGGACGGGAUCGUGCCACCCGACUGCGCGCCCUCCCCUGCCGUCCUCCGCCUCUCACCGGACCUCCGCUGGGAGCAGGCGCACGAGCCGCUCCACGCCGGCAUCGACGCCGCCAACCACGCCGUCGGGGUCGGCCCGGGGAUGGCCUUCGCCAAUGCGCUCCUCCGCUCCGGCCGCGCCGGUGCUCCGUUCGUCGGCCUCGUGCCCUGCGCCGUGGGGGGCACGCGGAUGGCGGAGUGGGGGAAGGGCACCCAGCUCUACGCCGACAUGCUGCGCCGGGCAAGGGUCGCCGUCGAGACGGGCGGACGGAUCGGGGCCGUGCUCUGGUACCAGGGGGAGAGCGACACAGUCAGGUGGUCCGACGCCACCGAGUACGGACGCCGGAUGGGAAUGCUCGUCCGCGACCUCCGCGCCGAUCUCGGCAUGCCCCACCUCCUCGUCAUCCAGGUAGGACUAGCAUCGGGCCUAGGACAGUAUACUGAAGUAGUAAGGGAAGCUCAGAAAGGGAUAAAACUUCGGAACGUGAAAUUCGUAGAUGCAAAGGGGCUGCCAUUGCAAGAUGGUCAUCUGCAUCUCAGCACCCAAGCUCAAGUCCAGCUUGGACACAUGUUGGCUCAAUCCUAUUUGAAUUAUGGGCAUGCACAUUCUCGAACCCCUAAACCAUGGUGGCUGCGAAUCAUGUUGGUCUGCUGCUUCAUUUUUCUUUGAAGGGGGCAGUACACGUAUCCUGUUCCUAUAUAGAACAGGUGAGGUGAAGAAGAAAGUCAAAGGACUUUGUGCACAUAAUCUUAUACCAACACACAGGCACGUGAUGCCUUUAGAAGACUCAUUCUAUCAGGAUCUGAGCUACACAUUCAAAUUGUUUCCUAAAGAGGUGAUUCAUUAUACACGAUUUUUUCAGGUCCCAUAGAUCUGACUAGUUGUAGCCUGUAAAGGAAUUGGUUCCAAUGUUUGAUAGCACGACAUAUCUUAAUCACUAUAUUGCCCUUUGAUGUAGAAAACCUGAGUAGAAAAUGGGUUGAGCAUGCACCUUGCUCUUCCCGUAACAAACGGUGUCAAUAAAUUUGAAAUUAGGUUCUAGUAGAAAUUAAGGUUGGAUCAGUGUA